UUUCAUCUCUUCUAUGAUCUUCUUUUACACAUAGAUUAUUGAUUCAUCAAAAUUCAAUAAAAGGGUCUAAGCCUAUUUAUAUGAUCAACAUGGAAACCGCAUGGAAUAAUGAAAAUGAUGAUGGCAUUGACAUGAUGGAUAAGUCUAGUCAUCAUCAUCAUUAUCAUCAUCAUGAUCAUGAUCAUCCACAUUCUUCCUUCACUGACCUACAUCAUCAUCAUCACCAUCAUCAGGUCAUUGAUGAGAUGGAUUUCUUCGCUGAGAACAAGAACAAAAAUGAUAACAACAACAUCCAUGACAAUAUCCAAGAUGAUAAUGAUAAUAAUGAUCAUGAUCAUGAUGAAAUGGUGCAAAGUUCUAUGGAGCUUCAUGUAGAUACUAGCUUAGAUCUUCGUAUGAAGAACACGGAUAGCAAUAGCUCAUCAAUGGAACCAUCAGAAACUAUGGAUGACAAGAAGAGUAAUGAUUUAGGAUUGCUAGCAGAAUUGCAACACGUGAAUGCUGAAAAUCAAAGAUUGAGAGAUCUUAUUGAAGAACUUAACAAUAACUAUAAUACCUUACACAUGCAACUUAUCAACCUCAUGCAGCAAAGGGAUCAAAAUCAUGCGAUGAAGCAAGACAUAGAGGAGAAAACUAAGAAGGAAGAUAUGGUGGCAAGAACAUUCCUAGACAUGGGUGUUGCUGGCUUUGGUGAAAAGGAUCAUGAUCCUUCUCAACAAUCUUCAGAUAUCAAACUUGGAGGAGGAGAAAGCAAAAGCAUGGUUGAAUUGAUGGAACACUGCAAUAAUAAUAAUAAUAAUAAUAAUAAUAAUAAUAUUGUUUUGGAGAAAGACAAUAAUAGUAAUAAUUAUAAUAAUAAAGUUGAUGGUGGAAACCGAGAAAGAAACACAACAAUGGUUACUGAUGAAGGAUUAUCCGGUUGGCUCUCUAACAAGGUUUCAACGAGGUUGAAUUCUUUCAGGGAUGUUGAUCAAGCUUCUGAAACCAUGUCUAUGAUCAAGAAGGCACGUGUAUCAGUUCGAGCAAGAUCAGAAUCUUCCAUGAUUGCCGAUGGAUGCCAAUGGCGAAAGUAUGGACAGAAAAUGGCAAAAGGAAAUCCAUGUCCGCGAGCUUAUUAUCGUUGCACUAUGAGUACUGGUUGUCCUGUUCGCAAACAAGUACAAAGGUGUGCUGAAGAUAGAAGUGUGUUGAUAACAACAUAUGAAGGCCAACACAACCAUCCACUCCCUCCAACUGCCAAGGCAAUGGCCUCAACCACCUCUGCCGCAGCCUCCAUGCUCCUCUCCGGUUCGAUGCCAAGCGCCGACGGCCUAAUCAACCCCACCAUACUCGAAAGCGCCACCCUUCCUUGCUCUCAAAACAUGGCUACACUCUCAGCUUCAGCUCCAUUUCCAACCAUAACUUUGGACCUAACUCAAACCGCCACAAAUAAUAAUAACAAUAAUAAUAACAACAACUAUAACCCAAAUUCUUUAAGGGAUUUGCCUAAUAAUCAAAGCCAACAACUUAGUCUCUUAACACCCCUUUUGGCUCAGAAAUUUAUGUCAGCUCCAAACAUGUUUGGACAUGUUCUUAAUGGUGAUCAAAGCAAGAUUAUUUCAGGAUUACAAGGAUCAACUGACACAACAACAGGUUCAUCUUUUGCUGAUACAAUAAAUGCUGCCACUGCUGCUAUCACUGCUGACCCUAAUUUCACUUCAGCUCUUGUUGCUGCCAUAUCUUCCAUCAUUGGAAAUUCAACACAUCAUCAUCAAAGCAGUAACAAUAAUGAUGCAUGAGAUGACAUUGAGAAGAUCAUCAUCAUCACAAAGUUAAUUCAAUUUUGUUAGUGUUUCAUUUAAUUAAUUUAAUGUUAUUAUUAUAGCUAGCUAGCUAGCUAGGCUCAUCACAUCAUCAAAUUCUAGAUAGGUAGAGACAAAUUUAAUUAAGAGCAAUGCUAGGGGGCAGCAAUUUUUGUGAUUGUUAGCCAUCAACUAGCCAUCAAUGAUGAUUUGAUGGUGUGAGAUUGGUGUGAAAUUUCAUCCAAUGGCUCACCUUCCUCUGCUGGUUACAUGCUGGCCAAAAUUCAAUAAAACUGCUGCCCCCUAGACUUUUUCUUUAAUUAAUUAGUGAAGUUCAUAAAAUUGAUGAUGAGUCAUUAGUAGUGAGUAGUAGUAGUAGCAGUAUGUAGUAUCAAUCCAUAUUAUUUUUUUGGUAAUAACUAGUGAUG